AUGGCAAAGAAGGCUACGAAUUGGAAGUUGUGGGGGAAGAUGAUGCUCGGCGGAGGCGCAUUCUGCAUCGGCGGCCCGGCCUUCACCAUGUGGGUGACACCAACGGAGGAGGAGCUGUUCAAGAGAUACAACCCCGAGCUGCAGGCAAGGAGCCUGGCGAACCGCGAGAAGACGCAAGCCGAGUUUGACCACUUUGUCACCAAGUUGAAGGAGUACUCCAAGUCAGACAGACCGAUCUGGACGGUACGAGACGAGGACAUUGAGAGACAAAGGGUGGCACGGAUCCAAGAGCAAAAGAGAAAGGAAGCCGAGCUGAAGGCGCAGCAAGCGGCGAUGAGGCGAGAGUCGGGAAUAUCUGAUGAUCUGGACUGA